AUGGUGGCCUCCGACGACCUGAUUGAUUUUGACAUCAUCGAGGCCCAGAAAGAAAACGUCCAGUCCCUCCCAGGCGGCAGAUCGGCCAGAGAGCUCGCUCGAAUUUUUUCUGGAGGGAGUAACAGUGACAAAUUCGUAACGCCCUCACCGAACGACACAAGGACUAUCAAUGGCGCCAUUCGCCAGGAAUACGAAAACGAAUUGGAGUCGAUAGGAGAAUCGGAUGAUCCCCUCGAUGUUUACGACCGCUAUGUGAAAUGGACCCUCAACGCGUACCCCUCUGCCCAAGCUACAGCCGAGUCGGGCCUCCUCCCGCUGCUGGAACGCGCCACCAAGUCGUUCCUGUCAUCCUCACACUAUAGAAACGACCCGCGCUACCUUCGGCUAUGGAUGCACUACAUCAGGCUAUUCUCCGAUGCCCCGCGGGAGACGUUUGCGUUUCUUGCGCGGCACCGUAUCGGUGAGAGUUUGGCGUUGUUUUAUGAGGAGUUUGCUGCUUGGUUAGAGGGUGCUGGGCGCUGGACACAGGCAGACGAAGUAUAUAGACUUGGCAUGGACCGCGAAGCCCGGCCAGUUGAGCGGCUUCUGCGCAAAUACAGCGAGUUUCAACAACGAUACGAGCAGCAAUCGCGGGAUGCCGGGCCAUCUUCACCUGCUCUACCAACCGUUAGACCCGCUCUGGCGGCCAAGAUGGAUCCGUUUGCUUCAACAGAUGCCUCUGCAGACCCACAAGCCUCAGCGCCAUCACCACAAUCAGCCGGGCCUGCAAAAACAAAGUCCGGAAAAGCGAAAAUGGCGAUUUUCUCCGAUGCUGAUGCAGCCCAGUCAAGUCAACCGGCGACUAGCGGGCAGACAAAGGGGUGGGAAAGCAUCGGCUCUGUGCGAGAGCGCAAGAAGGAAAACGAGGUGGAGGCAAAACCAUGGGUGGGAGAGACAUUGAAGGCAGGAAAGAAGUCUGGGCCAACACAAAAGAUGGCCAUCUUCCGGGACGAGUCCAAUCCAAAUCCACCUCCUGAAGAACCAAGUGCACCCAAGCACGUCCCAGAGCAUCAUGUAAGGGAAGCGGUAAACCCACGGACCGGUCGACGGGAGCGCGUCUUUGUCGAUCUUGAAUCAGUAUACCCCGACUACCAAAAUCCAGCACAUGAAGUUAGUUUCGAAGAAUUGAGAGCAAUUAAGCGCGGGUGGAUGAACAAGAUUUGGCGACACCAGAAGGAACCACUACAGCAGAUCUCCGGAAAUGUGGCUGGGGAUGCCCAACCCGCGAAGCUCAAGAUGUCAAGUGCAGAAGAGCAGCUUCCGGAGCCGUUGGAGCAGAAUCUGGUUAUUGAUAGUCAACACUCUCGACCGCAGGACCAGGACGGACCCUAUGAAGGCAAAGCCGGAAAGGCAAGGAAGUUCAAGGUGCACGGAGAAACCCAGACUAUCAAAAUGAAGUUCGACUCCCCGACCAGCUCCAAGGUUCGACGGAAGAGCACUCGGGAGCCAACAAUGACAAUGCAUACUCGCGCUGCAACGGAUGAAAUCUAUGGCAUCUUCAACCAGCCCUUGAAGGCCGAGAUGGAUGAUGCAGCUGAUAGUCUCUAUGGCAGCGACUAUGAGGAUGACGAUUGCGCCAGUGCUGCUGAUAGCACAGGUACCGGUCACCACUCUGCAGCUUCGAGUGAAUUUGGCGAUGACGAAACGCACACCUUCCACAAGUCUUACGAUGACACAGAGUACGGCGAUGGCGACACGACUCGAGCUGAUAGUGUUGCGGGAGGCGAUUGGACAGACUUCAGCGUCAGCAGAGACGUUCCUGGCGUCGAAUCCGCCGAUGCGACGUCUCACUCGGUUGUCAGUGAGGGAGCUGCUGGGUCUCAGCAUAGCACACCUGACAAGGAGCGGUUCGUUCCUCGAAUGCCUGAUGACUACAAUCCCCCAUAUGGCACAUAUCGUGACCCGGCAAUCAUGGCACAGAACCGGCUGCCUUUCAUGACGCCAAUUGUGGAACGAACCGAGUCUUCCAUCUCAAUGACAGCUGCUAGGAGUCUGCACAAUGCCAAGACUCCGUCUAAGCCUCGAUCACCGUUGGGUGUGCCCCAAAUGGGUGAUCUUCUGCUCUCUAGUCCCAUCGGAGCAGCAACGCCAUACCACGGGGAUCACACAAUUGGCUCAGUGGCAGACGUCCCUUUUAGUCCGACUGCUUUCAAGAUCCUUGCUCCCAAAUUUCGUCGACGAGAAGCUUUAAUCAAGGAGUUGCAAUGCAAUCCGACUGACAAGGGCAUUCGCAACACCAUCUUAAAUUCACUAGAGCCACCUCUUGCAUCCUACCCAGGAUAUCACGGCCACCUCCAAGACAGCAACUACGCCACGAUGAUCCAGAAAUUCGUCAAGGCACACAAUCGCAAAUCGAAAUCCGGCGACGAUGAAGGUUUCGAUACCCCGAUUCUCGAAUUCCCCGGCGCCGAGCGCAGCUACAUCAUCCGCCGCGAGCUCGGCGCCGGCGCCUACGCCCCCGUCUACCUCGCAGAAAGCGUCGACAGCCUCGAGUCCUACGCCUCCGACUCAGACGAGGAAAUAUCCGGCCAGGCAAUCAAGUCCAACCCCUACGACAGUGCCCGCUACCCCUUCGAAGCAGUCAAGGUGGAAAAUGGGCCCUCCAGCGCCUGGGAAUUUUACAUGAUCCGCACCGCGCACGAGCGACUCCGCGAAGCGCCUGCGCACAGCCGCGCGACAGACAGCAUCGUUCGCGCACACGAGCUGCACGUCCACACGCGCGAGAGCUUCCUCGUCGAGGACUACCGCGGCCAAGGCACGCUCCUCGACCUGGUCAACGUCCUGCGCAACGAGCCCAUCGCCGCCUCGCACAACAGCGACGGCGGCCUCGACGAGUCCCUCGCCAUGUUCUUCUCCAUCGAGCUAUUCCGCACCGUCGAGUCCCUCCACGCUUCCGGCAUCCUGCACGGCGAUAUUAAAGCCGAUAACUGCCUCAUCCGCCUCGACGAAUCCUCUCCCACCGACCCGCCCACUAACGCCCUCUCCCUCCUCGACCUCGACCCAUCAACCGCAGAUGCUCGUGACGCGCCUAGCUACGCGCCUUCCGGCGCACUCGGCUGGCGCUCUAAGGGCUUAGCGCUGAUCGACUUCGGGCGCGGUAUCGACAUGGCCGCGUUCGUGCCGGGCGUACAGUUCCUCGCGGACUGGGAGACGGGCACGCACGAGUGCAACGAGAUCCGCGAGGGGCGGCCGUGGACGCACCAGAUUGAUCUGUAUGGUAUCGCAGGUACUAUCCACGUCCUGUUAUUCGGGAAGUACAUUGAGAGCGCGGCUGUGCGAACUAGCGAAGGCGGUGCUAGUGCUGGUGCUGGUGCUGGUGCCGGUGUGCAGUGCACGUAUCGCAUCCGCGAGUCGCUGAAGCGCUACUGGGAGCGCGAGAUUUGGGCGGAUGUGUUUGAUUUGCUGCUUAAUCCGGCGUCGGAAAGGUGGGUUGCCAUGGAGGGUGGGCAUUACGGGCCUGUUCUGCCUGUGCUGAAGUCUAUGGCGUAUGUGAGGGGGAGGAUGGAGGAUUGGCUUGUUGCGAACGCGGACAAGAAGGGGCUUGCGCUGCAGUUGCGGAAGAUUGAGGUGCUGUUGGCGGAGCGGAAGAAGAAGCUUGAGCGCUCUUAG